AUGACAAAAGAUAAAAUUUCAUUUACAAAUAAAAAUAAAAAAGCAAUCAUAGCUCUUGAUUGUGAUGGAGUUCUAUUGGAUUAUCAUACAAAUUUUGCAAAUAUUUAUGAAAAAGCAUUUGGAAAAGAAUUAACAAUUGUUUCACCUAAAUCUUAUCAUGCUACAAAUAAGUAUGGUGUUAAGUUUAAUGAUGAAGAAAAAAAAGAAUUUGAUAAAGUAUGGGAUGAACAUGGUUGGAGAAAAAUGCCAAUGUAUGAUGGAGCACUUCAAGCAUGUAAUUUAUUACAUAAAGCUGGUUAUGAAUUAGUUUGUGUUACAGCAAUGCCUGCUCAAUUUAUUGAACAUCGAUUAGAAAAUUUUCGUUUACAUGGAUUUCCUAUUGAUAAAAUAAUUAGUACAGGUUAUGAUAAACAUAAUUUUAAUAAUAAUCCAAAAAAAAAAACUAUUGAAGAUUUACAUCCAAUUGCAUUUGUUGAUGAUUUAAGAAGAAAUUUUAAAGAUAUUCAAGGUGUUCAUACAAAACUUAUUUUUAUUGAUAAUCAAUAUCAUGAUGAUCCAAAUCAACAUGAUCAGAUUUAUUAUGAUAUUAAAUAUUCAAGUCUUUUAGAUUUUGUUCAAGAUUUUCUUAAAACUGAACAACAUGGACAAAAUAUUAUUUGGCCUCAAAGACCAGAUUUUCUUCUUCCUUCAAACUGA